AUGGGUAGAAGGUCUUUUUGGGAUCAAGAUCAUGAUACAGAACUUAUUAUUAGAAUAUGUGAUAAUAUGCGACCUCCAAUUGUUACAAAUGCUUUUGAAGGUUAUAUUGAAUUAAUGAAAAAAUGUUGGCAUCUUGAUCCAAAGAAAAGGCCAUCUGCUAAUUAUUUAAAUGAAGUGGUUGAUAGUAUGGUAUCUAUUGAAUUUAAUAAUUUAUAUAGUGGAAGUAAUAGAGCAACAAAUAUCGUAUUAUCUUCAGAAAUUGGACCUGUAGUUACGAAUCAUUCAGGAGCAAAUUCUCAAGAAGUCAAUCCGUGA